ACUUGUAAAAAUGUUUUUUCUAUUUGUACUUUCUUGCGUGGCUUUAUCUCAAGCCUCCCAGAUUUUGCCGGCUAUUCUUCCUCAUGCUCAGCCUUACAACUUCGGCUAUGCAAUUAGGGAUCACACCAGUGACCAAUACAGACAAGAGAAAGGAAAUGGACUCGGAGGUGUAGUGGGAAGCUAUGGUUUCAAAGACGCCAGAGGAAUCGUUCGUAACGUCAAUUACGUCGCUGACCAUGCUGGAUUCAGAGCACAGGUCAACACAAACGAGCCAGGCACCGCCAAUCAGAACCCUGCAGCCGUUCUUGUCAAUUCUCAUCAGCCUGUUGUAGUCAAGGCAGUGGCUCCCAUCCAUCCAGUUCCCGUAGUCAAACCUGUCCAUCCUGUUCCCGUGGUCGCUGCUCAUGGAGAUUACAGAUUCGGACAUGGAUACGCAGAUAACUUGGGAUACUAUGGAGGCGUCAACUUUGCUUUGCCUUUAAUCGGAGGAGCUGUCAGAGGAUACGACAGCCGAUUUGCUAAUGUGAUUGUUUAAAUAAUGGUUCUCCUGUAAAAUUUCCGAUUCCUCUUGUAAUUUAAUACUGUUUG